AUGUUUCGCUCCCGGUUAAGGACGUCCGGCCUGGCCCUCGCCCAGAGCCUGCGACCCUCGACGACGACGACAACCUCGACAGCUUCCAGAUUCGCCGCGCCGCUCGCCGCGCGCUCCAUUCACCAUGUCCCGGCGCUGACCCACGACUUCUCCGAGGGCGUUCCCAACCUCAUGAGCCCUGGCGGCUUCAACAUUGCCUGGUCAGAGUACAUGGCCUUGACGGUCGAGAAGCUCAAUGCCCUGACAGCUGGCACUGAGCUCGAAGACAAGGACACCAAGACUAUCGCCCUCAUGACCGCUCGCGAACCCAACCAGGCCCCCAUCUUCAACUACGCCUCAAUGGCGCACAAUAACCACUUCUUCUUCCAGGGCAUCGCUCCUGCUCCCGUCGCCAUGCCCGAGCAGCUGCGCGCCGAGCUCGAGGCCUCCUUCUCCUCGGUCGAGACGCUCCGUCGCGAGUUUAUACUUACGGCGUCGGCCAUGUUCGGCCCUGGCUUCGUCUGGCUCGUCAAGACCGGCCCCGCCGCCUACCGCGUCCUGUCGACCUACCUCGCCGGCUCUCCCUACCCGGGCGCCCACUGGCGCGCUCAAUCGACCGAUAUGAACACUGUCGGCGACCAGGGCACAGCCCGAUCCUACUUCCGCAACCAGCUCCAGGGCACGCAACAUCGUGCCGGCAACCUGCCCCCCGGCGGCAUCGAGCUGCAGCCUCUGCUGUGCCUCAACACCUGGGAGCACGCGUGGCUCCUGGACUGGGGCGUUGGCGCUGGCGGCAACGGUGGCAAGGCUGCGUUUGCGGAGGCUUGGUGGGAGCUUGUCAACUGGGAGCUUGUUUCCAGCAGGGCUGGCCUUACUCGCCCUGCCCUCAAGGGUGCCAACUAA